AUGGAAAUGUCAACCUUGAACUUCCAGUCUGGCCUUUACAGUCCCUUACGUGCGGAAUGGAGUCGUAAUUACAAUACAAUUCCAAAAGCUUUGAACAAAUCUUCAAGUCGCUCUAAACCAGCGGCCGGUUCUGCAACGGCGGGUUUUGAACACGAGUGGGAUCCCAUCAACAUACGCUUCAAUCAUGGUGGAGCUGACGAUCUCGAAGUACCAGAUCAUGGUAUAUCUUCUGCCCUACUGACUCGAGCUCGCUCCUUGGCCGCUGAGCAUUCGAAACUCUCCGCCUGCCUGACGGACACAUUCGAUGCGAAAGUGGCGAAGCGGGUUGGCGAGUUAGCAUCAAUCGCUAAAGUACUCAGAGAAUGGGACAGUGCUAAUGAGUCCAUAUUAGAACUCAAGUCUCUACUCGAUGACCCGGAUACCGAUGCCGAGUUACGCUCUCUUGCUGUCGAGGACUUGGAGAGCAGCAAUGUUGCUUUACCUGCGAUAUCAGAUAGCCUAAAGCAGUCGCUUAUCCCUCGUCAUCCAUUUGCAGAGCUUCCUUGUCUGGUUGAAAUCCGACCAGGAGCAGGCGGGGAUGAAGCCGGUAUUUUUGCCUUUGAGAUUUUACGGAUGUACAUUGCCUUCUGCUCACGCCGUGGCCUUCGAUCGACUAUAUUGAAACAAGAUGUCGGAGAUGGCCCUGCGGAGGACCGGCUGAGUGAGGCUGUGAUCGAAGUUGAGGCAAAUGGGGCAUAUGAUGUCAUGAGGACUGAAUCGGGAGUGCAUAGGGUUCAAAGGGUUCCGGCUACGGAAACGAAAGGGCGCACGCACACCAGUGCUGUCAGCGUUAUGGUACUGCCUAGUUUUCCUGAAACAGGGAGCGGGGUGGACGGUGGUUUUAAUUUCGACGAUCCGAGCAGCGAUUACUAUGUUGAUCCUCAAGAAGUUCGCACCGAGAAGAUGCGAGCCAGCGGUGCUGGUGGACAGCAUGUGAACAAAACCGAGUCAGCCAUCCGGUUGACUCAUGUACCGACUGGCGUCGUUGUCUCAAUGCAGGACUCGCGAUCUCAACACGCGAACCGCAAGAAGGCAUGGCAAGUUUUACGCGCAAAAUUGGCAGAAGCGAGACAAGAAGCCCGAGAACAGGAACUUGUCCAACUUAGAAGAGGCGCCAUGGGUGGCAUUGCCCGGAUGGGCCGUGGUGACAAGAUUCGCACAUAUAAUUAUGGACAAAGUCGCUGUACAGAUCAUCGCAGUGGUAUCACUGUUCAUAAUUUGGACGAUAUUCUUGAUGGCGGCGAUGGUCUCGAAACUGUAAUGGACAGUGUAAGAACAUGGCUUGUUGAUCGAGAGGUAGAGGCCAUGGUUGAAGAAGACUCAACAAAGAGCAAGAUAUAA